UCAAAGUACUUCUUUGAAAAUAAAUUUAAAACUAUGUGUUUGAGGUGACUAAAGAUAAAUUGAACAAAAUGAACAUACUUAUUCGAUGUCCUGGUUUGUAUUGUGGACGAGAAUUAUUUCCAGACGGAAAUUGGACAGAGUGUGGAGCUUGUCCCCGAGGAUUUAGAACAAAUAUGUCAUCGGCGUGUGUACCUUGUGAAGAUGUACCUACAUUUUAUGACUGGUUGUAUCUUGGUUUUAUGGCAUUACUUGCACUUGUUCUUCAUUGGUUUUGUAUCGAUAUGGUUGCAAUGAGACGUAGCAUUCCAAAAGAAGUCAUAGUAUUACAUUUGUGUGCUUUAUUUGAAAUAUUGGCAGCAUCUUUAAUUACCUUGCAGUUAACCGAUCCAGUUGGAUCAUUUGGCAUUAAUUCAUGUAAAACUCGUAAACUUUCAGACUGGUAUACACUGCUUCAUAAUCCUAGUCCUAAUUAUAAAACAACAUUGCAUUGUACACAGGAGGCUGUGUAUCCCUUAUAUACUAUGGUAUUUGUUUUUUAUGCCUUUGCCAUAGUAAUUAUGUUAAUAGUGCGACCUUUUAUAGCAGGGAAGUUUCUGCCAAAGAAAGGAAAGUUUUCUAUUUAUGCUGCUCUUUACUUUUUUCCAAUUUUAGCCUUACUGCAUGCUGUUGGAAGCGGACUGAUAUAUUACUCCUUUCCAUAUAUUACAAUUAUUUUGUCAGUUCUUUCGAAUGCCGCACAUUUUGCAUUUAAAUUGAAUCAGACUAUGAAAUCCCUACUUUUGAGCUCUAUCUCAGAUAUAAAAAGUGUUGUAGUAAUUUUGGGUCAUUGGUUGUUACAUGGAUAUGGUGUUAUAGCCAUUGCUACUUUAAGAGGUUCAAGCAUACAUCCUGCAAUGUUAGCGUUAGUACCUUUGCCUGCAUUAUUUUAUAUACUUACCGCUCGUUUCACUGAUCCUCAUAAACUUCAUAUUGAAUAAUGUUAUUUGUAAAGUAUAUAAUUUAUAUAUAAAAUAU